UUUACAGGGAGGAGCUCGCUUGAUCAGUGCGUAGGAGAAAAAUGGCGUGGAAGCAGCCGCCCAAGAAGCAGCGACGGCAGCGAGCCUUGCUACUGUCGCUCCCACUCGCGAUUGCGGCGCUGGUGUCCCUGAUCUGCCUCCUCUUCCUGGCGCCCCAAGGGCUCUUCUUCUUGGAAGGCUUGCAGCGCCCAGGAUUUUUCUUUUUCUUGUGAGAUCGAGACGCUUCUACGCUUGAUUCGUUCCAGCGCCAAGUCCAAAAAUGCGUGGAGAGAAAUGGGCUUGGAUUGACUGCAUGUACCGAGUAAACUUAACGAUCUUGCAAGCAUCCUUCACGGUGCGUAAUGAGCAGUUUAAAAUCUACAAGCCACUGGAAUAUGAAUUUGACGUCUGCGAGACGCUGCUCCUGUGGGAACAGUAUCGAAACGUCACAACGAUAUUGACUCGCGAGUAUCUGGAUGCACGUCCCGAUGGGUGGAUGGACUACGCUGCAAAACGAAUAGCUCAACUGGGUGCAGCUAACUGUUCCAAUCGAAGCCUGUGCGAAGAACAUCUCGAGUUGAUACUACCGCCAAAGCCACCGUUUUGGCCGCGCCAGUUUAGGACGUGUGCGGUGGUGGGAAACUCGGGAGACCUCUUAAAGACGGAGUUUGGAAAGGAGAUAGAUGCUCACGAUAUUGUCAUCCGAGACAAUGAGGCACCAGUGACCACGAAAUACGCAAAGCAUGUUGGCAUGAAACGGAGUUUUCGAUUGAUGGCUCAUGGAGUAGUAAGAAACCUGCUUGAGGUUGCAAAGGGAUCUGAUGAUGAAGUGUUGAUUAUCAAGAGUGUUAUCCAUCGGGACUUCAACGCUAAAAUAAAACUUCCGAAUCCUGUCUACUUGUUCCAAGGUGUAGUUUUCCGUCGGGGAGCGAAAGGGACAGGCAUUAAGUCUUUGGAGCUCGCCUUGUCAAUGUGUGACUCGGUGGAUAUGUAUGGUUUUACGGUGGAUCCAGGCUACACGGAAUGGACUCGUUACUUCUCGGCUCCUUGCAAGGGGCACAAUCCACUACAAGGCAGAGCCUACUAUCAACUGUUGGAAUGCCUCGGGACAAUGAGGCUGUAUUCUCCAAUGCGAGAAGCCAGAAAGCAAGACUGGUCGGUCAUUCCGACCCGAGCGACAGUAAACGCAGCCUACUACGCAGCAAUGGGACUCAAACGAAAGCCAGGCAAAGACCUGGGAGCUUUCAAGAACUGCAAAGUAUGGGGAAGUUCAUCUCGAAAUGGACGCCUGUCAGGAUCAAAAGACACGAGCAAGACCCGCAAGAACUCAAACUACGCAAAGUGGGAGAAAACAAGCGUGAACUCCCUGAGAAGUGAAGCUCAACACCAUUACCGCGCCAUGGAAGGCGUCACGAUGUACAAGAUCGAUGGCAACAAGCUCGAGGACCUGGUGUGCAUCAGACCACAACAGGAGCAGCAGCGCAGCCAUGGGAAACGAAAAAAAUCUUAGUGACUCUCGACGAGGACGCAAAACUGGCGCUUUAGCAUACCGCCCGGCUCUGGCAGCUCGCCGUGCGUCACUAUGGAUCCGGCAAGAAGCUAACAGGCUCGUCCAGGCAGAGCUCCCCGGCUGCGAUGGCAUGCAUCGGCCUCUUCCUGCUGGCCUGAGCAUCCGAGGAGAUCAACCAUGCAGCGGCAGUGAUCUUCGAGCAAGGAAAGCCCGU